ACAAAUUCGACUAUAUAGCACGACACAAUUGAAUAACUUAAUAACAAUCGAGAAAAUUCAACGAGAAGUAGAAUUUGUAGUGAAAUAAUGUAUUUUUCAUUGCAAUACAUGAAAGAGCUAGAAUCGCCAGCACCAAAAUGUUUGAGGUCUCAAAUGUAGUUAAAAGAUGGAGGCAAAAUAAAUGAGCAAAUAUUCAUUUUUAUUUUUUUGGUUGUGUACCGCUGAAGCAUUUUACUAAUUGUCAAAAUUUAAAAAAUUAUUUAGGACUUCGAUGCUAUACGAAAUCGUAUAUACUUUCUAUUGAUGAUGAAUGAAGUAUUUAACAAGUAAAAUAUGAAUGAAACGAACAAUACCGACAAUAUGUUCGAAAUAAGUGUUAUUGAAACGGUGCCGCGUGUAUCAAAAAUUAUCACCAUAAGCUGCUGUUUGGCCAUGUCGAUAUUAUAUGUGUCAUCAUUGUAUAUAUGGAAUAAUAAACAUAAUCGAGAUCAUCCCGCCACAGUAAAGAGACGCUUUCUUAGUGUUUCUGUAGUCAUGUUAGUGGCGCCUGUCUUUUUAUAUAGCUUUUCCUCUACUGAAUUAAUGGAAAGGGUACAAUUUAACGAACUGCUUGGUUUGCGAUGGCACGGGCUAUUGAUGGCCAUCUUGAUACCAUACCUAUUGACAAUGCUGCUCUUUUUGGGUCCGUUAUGUGUUGAAUUCCAAAGUGAAUCGCAAAAACUGUUCUUUGACUUCGAGUUUUGGAAAAGUUCAUUUAAAAACAUCCUAUGGAUUCGUAAUCAUGUUAUGGCCCCUUUAAGUGAAGAAUUUGUUUUUCGUGCCUGUAUGAUGCCCUUGAUAUUACAAAGUUUUUCCCCUUUAGCUUCAGUGUUCAUUACACCGUUAUUCUUCGGUAUAGCCCACGUACAUCAUAUAAUCGAACGUUUAACUAUGGGUAUGGACUUUACUGCGGCAUUAAUUAUAUCCCUAUCUCAGCUGGCAUAUACCACCUUGUUUGGUUUCUAUUCGGCUUAUUUGUUUGCUCGUACCGGCCAUUUCAUAGCUCCGUUUUUAGUGCACGCAUUUUGUAACCACAUGGGCUUACCCGAUCUUCAAGAAUUAUGGCAACAACAACUGUGGAAACGAAUUUUGUUUAUAUGUUGCUACAUAGGUGGCUUUAUUGGCUGGGUGCUUCUUUUAAACAUGGCCACACUGCCUAGUAUUUAUAAUAACAAAAUAUUUUGGCCUAGGCAAUGCGAACUAUUUACGAACAACACCCUCUUAUGUACAGCGUAGAUUUUUUCUAACUUACUUUAAGACUAAAACAAGUCCUCCUCAGAGACAAGUACUGCGAUUAGGUGUUAU